CGUCGUGUUUAUCAGUUUUCCGCGCCAUCUGUUUGUCGAAUUUUUCACUCCAGCUCCGCGACUGUUUUGUCAGAACACAGAGUUUCUUGUGCACGAUAAACAAAAACAAAAAAGCAAAAGUUCGCGAAAAUAUUUUGAUGGCUUCAAAAAUGAAAAAGUGAUUCCGUAUUUUCAUCUCGUUUCGAAACGCUGUACGCGGCUCUUAUUUAUCUCGCGAGUGGGUAAAAUACGUAAAGAAACGAUCGAGAGUGGAGCGAAACAAAAAAGAUCGUGCGCCGAGCCGGUAGUGUAUCCCACGCAUGCGCUUUUCCAACCGCGACGUAAACACGGUGAACGAACUUCACUAAAUCUAUCAAGUUUUUUCGGUGUUUAAACAUUUUUAUUUAAUUUUUAACCGGAUUGUGGAGUGAAUACAGUGCGUACGCGAGUGUCCGUUUUAUUUCUGCUUGUGAAAUCCAUUUUUAUAUUCUUUUUAUUAUCGUUUCUUCGCUGUCGCGUGUUACCAUUUAUGUGAAUUUGGGAAAAAUUGUGAAUAUCACACAUACAUGUAUCAUUGUGUACAACAGCCUGCGUCAAUGCGGUCGUAAAGCUAGAGGGACAUGCGGUUUGCUCAACUUUGGAAUUAAACAACACCGGCCAUGGCGAUGACAUCGAUCUCCUGGUUCUUGAGAUUCUUCAGCGUACUUUUGUUGUUCCGCAAUGUCGCUUCGCAGCCUGGCUUGUGCGAAGAACUGAGAGGCCAGUCGAACAUAAUUCUCGACAUCGAAGAGAGUCGGGGCGACGCGUUCGACCAAUCCACCGUGCCCGAAGAGCUUCCGGUCUCGGGUGAUCCCUACAACGAGACGACUCUCGAAUUGGUCUUCCCCGGCAAAGCGCCGCUCUUCACUCUCGAGGGAAAGAAACUCAAGCUGUUGCAGCCCCUUGACAGGGACAGCGAGAAUCUCUCGCACGUCGUCUUUCAGUUAACUUGCACCGUAAGAGCAACGAGCAAAAAGCGAAUAAUUCCGGUCAUUGUUCGAGUCUCCGACGUAAAUGACAACGCACCGAAGUUCGUCAACACGCCUUACGAGACGACGGUACCGGAGUUGACUCCUGUAGGAUCAACGAUAUUCCAGAACGUGGAGGCGGUUGACGCGGAUGCAGGUGUCAACGGCCUCGUUGAAUACUCCAUCGCGCCCGGCGACGGCACGGGAAUUGGGACGGGCAAUGGAAUUGGCAGGAAUAGGAUAACAACCGCUGAUGGUUAUGGUUACUUCAGCAUCAAUCUUCCGCACCAGGGCCAAGUCACCGUAAAUCGUACACUCGAUUUCGAGAGAACGCAGCGUUACCUCGUCACGAUCCUGGCUUCGGAUCGUGCCAGAAACCUAAGCGAGAGAUUUACCUCGACCGCAACGCUCACGGUCAACAUAAGAGACGACGACGAUCAGGAUCCAUCGUUUAUAUAUCAAGGCUGCAUGUUGCACGACGGCGCUUGCAUCAAUCCCGAGUACUCGGCAUCCGUAUCCAGCGGUGUACUCUCCGGCAUAUUGAAUCUGUCACCGGAGAAGAUUCAAGCAAUCGACAUGGACAGUAUUAACGCCCCGAUCCAUUAUUCCUUCCUCAGCGGAAGCCCGGCGAAUUAUCGCGAUUUCUUUGAAAUCAACUCCAAUACUGGUGCCGUGAAACAAAUCAAAGCUGUUGAUACCACCGUCACGAAGAGAUUUGACAUUAUUAUCAAGGCCGUCGAAAUGUCAGAAGGCAAAAGAUCGGCUAUCGCAAAGCUCGCCAUAACGGUCAAGCCAGUGGACAGUAAUCCACCGGUUAUCACAGCAUCCUCGGUCGAGGGUUACGUCGAUGAGAACGCGCCUAUCGGUACGAAAGUAAUCGACAAGGAUGGCAAACCGAUCGUGCUCACGGUGUCCGACGCCGAUUUGGGAGCCGAAGAUCCAAAACCAACGUACACGUUUGAAUUGACGACAAGCUACUUUUCGAUCGAUUCAACUGGCUCAUUAGUUGUACACGAGGAAAAUCUUGAUCGCGAUCCACCGAGUCCAGGACGUUUUCGUUUCCAAGUCGUUGCACGGGAGAAAACUGGUGUGGCGGCAUCCUCGCCUCUCUCGUUUGUCGUCACUCUUAACGAUGUGAACGACAACGCUCCACAACUGCCAAUGAACCCUCCGAUCACAGUACAAGCCGGCGAGUCUAGGCGAGAAGUAACGAAGGUCGAGGCAACUGACAAUGACGAGGGCGAAAAUGCGGAGAUAACGUACAGCAUUUACCACGUUUCCAACAAUGGUCUACAGAAAUUCAAAAUUGAUCCAAAAACUGGUGUUAUUGAGUCAGUGAGAAAAUUGAAUGCCGACGAACAAUACAGCAUAACGGUACAGGCAACCGACAAGGGCGGUAAAUACUCUCAGACCAUUGUUGAAGUUCACGUUAUACCAGGACCGAAUACCAGAAGUCCGGUAUUUCAACAAAACGUUUACGAGGUCCAGGUCAGCGAGGGUGCUUCGAUCAAUUCCACUGUGGCGACGAUCACGGCCCUUGAUCCGGAAAACGAUCCCGUCUCGUACUCGAUUGUUUCGGGCAACGACUUGAGGCAAUUCUCAAUCGGUGACAAGUCAGGCGUUAUAACCGUUAUAAGGAAGUUGGACAGGGAGGACUUGACGCGAUAUAAACUGUUGAUAAAGGCGGAAGACACGGGUGGUCUGUCGAGCACUGCAACGGUUAAUAUCAAGGUGACCGAUAUUAACGACAAAAAUCCUGAAUUCGAUGGGCUUCCGUACGAGUUUACGGUGAAAGAAGGAGAAGCUCGAAAAUUAAUAGGUCGCGUCCACGCGGACGAUGCGGACGAGGGAAUUAACGCCGAGGUCACUUAUUUCGCACCUGACGAUAUUCCGUUCACCGUAGAUCCUGAAACCGGUGAUGUCCUUACGAAAAUAGCGCUGGAUUACGAGCAAAAUCACGAGUACAAAUUUGUCAUAACCGCAAGAGAUGGGGCACCUGAUCACAGAUUAGCCACCGCGACCGUAACGGUCAAAGUUUUAGACGUCGAAGAUGAAGUUCCAAUAUUCCAUCAAAGCAGCUACGAGGCUAAAGUCAAAGAAAAUGUCCCCGAUUACAUGGUCAUCCAAGUCGUCGCCGACGAUCCUGACACCGUCAAACAAAUAACUUACGUGAUCAAACAAGGCGAUACCGACCUCUUUAGCAUCGAUCCCAAAACCGGUGUUAUCAAAACUAUUCGAGGAUUGGAUUACGAACGCGAUAAUCAACACAUAUUGAUCAUAGGAACUCUCGAAAACACCAGCAAUUUGCCUGGAUCAACGACACGCGUCAUUAUCAAUGUUCAGGACGUUAAUGACAUUCCACCGGUUUUCACCAUGGUACCGAGGCCAAUUACUCUUGAUGACGACGUGCCAAUCGGCACCGUAGUCAUAAACCUUCUUGCUCAAGAUUCCGACGGCACUGCGCCUGGAAAUCAGAUUCGCUACGAAAUAACCGGCCGAGGUAUCGCCAAUAAAUAUUUCGUCAUCGAUCCGGACACUGGCAUCAUGACGGUUCGCGAUGACUUGAGGAAAGAAACAGAUUCGGAGUAUCAGGUGGACGUGCGAGCUUAUGAUCUCGGUGAGCCUCAGCUUUCCUCGGUGACGACGGUACCAAUUUUCGUACGUCACGUAGCGACGGUAGCACCGGAAAUUGGUUUGGGUUUUGCCGAAGAUUCUUACAACGUCGAGGUACCUGAGAACGCCCGUGACAACACGUUGAUUAAAAUAAUAACGAUAAUAAACAGCCACAAUCACGAUUCGACGCCGCUUAAGUGUGAGAUUUAUAGCGGCAACGAGGAUGGCCUAUUCGAGGCAAAUGUUACGGAAGAAAGAAAUUGUGCUCUCAGAUUAAAAAAAGGUUCACUGGAUUAUGAGAAGACCGAAUUUUAUCAGAUAAAAAUAAAGCUCGAAUCACUUUCCGGCCUUUUGAAUGCUGAUCGUAACACGACCAUGGUAAAAAUUCAAGUCAUUGACAUCAACGAUAACAAACCUGAAUUUAUAUUCCCCGAGGAUCCACGAAAUUUACGGAAAAAACGUUACUUUGCGGCGAUUCCACGUUCCGCUCAAUUCUCUUCGACCGUAAUUCAAGUAAAAGCGAACGAUCAUGAUAACGGAAAGUACGGCAAGCUCGAGUACAAAAUGUUGGACGGACGUGGCACUCAGUAUCUCUCAAUGGAUCCUUCCUCGGGAAUAAUCAAGACUAUCGGUACUUUCGAUAACGUUGAAAGUGACGAGCUACCAUUCAGGUUUAACGUACAAGUCCGUGACAAUCCAAACUCCACGACGAGCUACAAUACGGCCGAAGCCUCCGUAAUCGUCAACAUCAUCGAUCCCGAAAAUCUCCUGGUUCUUGGCAUCCAAGACGCACCACCCGAAAUACUGCAAAAAGAAGCGAUGAAAAUAACGCGCGUCAUCGAGGAAAAAACGGGUCUGUUGAUCGGAAUUGAUCGAAUCACCGUCAGAAAAUCACUCACGAAAAAUGGGACCGUUGAAAACCAUCCGGAAGGUUCAGAUAUUUGGUUUUAUGCUGUCGACCCCAACACGGGCAGCAUAUUGGACAGAAAUGACACAAAAUUACACAAAGCGAUUCGCGAUAAAAGUGCAAUGUCAGCGAUUACUUUCGACGUAUCGACGCAAAUUCGAGCAAAUGCCAUAGACGUUCACGAGCCAGUAGUUCUGACCGAACAACCGGUUCGAACGCAAACAGCAAUCGCAUUUAGUGGCGAAGUUUUUCCCUAUGCACUCAUCAUAAUUGCUUGCCUUAUUCUCUUUUUGGGAAUUGCAGGAAUUAUUUAUAUCUGCGUUUCGUGGUCGAGGUACAAAGCGUACAAGGAAAGAAUGCAACGAAUGUACGUUGUCCCACGUUACGAUCCCGUGUUCGUCGAAACCGACCUUAAAGAGUAUGAAACUCAAGUAUUACGAAUGAGCGUCCCAAACGACGACAACGAUAGUUACAAUGAUUUACAGCUCGAUUUUAGCAACAAAAAUCACGCCUUCAGCCUUGACAAUGUCAGCUACAUUACGAAGGAUCACGGCGACAGCACCGGCCAACAAAGCCCGGUCAGUUCGGAAGCUGCGACGACAGCACGAGCAUCGAGUAUUGCCGGAAAUCACGGUGACACAAACGUUCAAUCAAUUCGUCGUUCAACCCUUGGCCGGAAAAAUCCAUCUGCCAGUAACACAAAUACACUCAACAAUCACGAUACGACUCCAGUGCUCAAUCCACUUUACAAUCAUUCCGUGGACCUCUUGAGUCCAAGUCCGUCGAAUGACAACGUAACUUUUCGCGAAAGAAAAGAUUACUCGCAUCUUGGGUUCACCUAUCUCGGUGAGCAGAGUCCUGUCGAAACAACUACGGAAUUAUAAUUCCAGGGAAAAGAAUACUUUUACUUUUGAUCCAACGAUGUUUAAUGUUGGAACAGUAAAAAAAUGUGACUGAAGGUGGAGUGAAAAGAUUCAUUUGUUCGACCAACUAGGUCGUUUGGGUCAACGAGACCCAAAACAUCGUUUGAAGUUCAAUAAUGUGCGACUAAAAUAAUGAAUAAUAAGUCUCUAGUAAUUGAAAUUAACAAUCGAGAAAAGUUGCUAUUCACAUUCGUCACACUUUUUAAACUUUCAAUCAAAUCGUUCAAUGGCUACCCUGAUUCAACAAGGAAUUGCAUUUCGUCAGAAUUAUCCCCGUCAUUAUUGGACGAAUAAAUUGAAGGGAAUGAGGUCUCGACGAAAAAAAAUCGAUUUCUAAAGACUUAACACUAAUGGACGAGCUAAUAGACCUGCAUGAAGUAAAUGAAACGCUCUUCUACCCGAAACAUCACGCUUGUUUUCUAUGUUUAUUUUAUUCCCGUCUAGACUGUACGUCAAAUGAUUGAUACCGUCCAUAAAAAGUGUGUGCGAUGUUGGCGAACAAUGACACGUACGCGUAAAAGUGAUCGAGUGAGCAAAAAAGUCCUCGACGAACGUUUUCAUUUUCGCGAAAAUGCAAGGUCACAUAAAUACACAAAGAAUUAUCGAUAUACAAGUGAGCAUGUGAGCGAAAGAGAAAGAAUGUAUUUUUAUAAGGAGAUUGAGAUUUGAUGAAAAGUUUUGUACAUUUAUCUGAUUAAACGUCUAUAUCGAUGUUGUAAAAUAUUAUCUCACUAUUUAUACAAUGUGUUUGCUCAUACUAAAAUGUAUAUAAGACGUUCGAUGCGAGAUCAUAUGAAAUUUGCCUUUUAUCCAUUGAAAUUUCAUCUGCUAUUUUUCAGUAGUUGAAACGCAUCGUUAUGCAUUUCAUCCGAACCGCAUUUCAGUGGUCAGGAUCCAAAGAAAUUUGGAAAAUUUUUGCCAGCAUUAUUGUAAUAAUAACAAUCAAAAUAAAAGAACCGGAUGCGAAAGAAAAUUUUUCAUAUGAGAAUAAUCGAAAAUUUGUUUUUUUUCGUCGUUUAUUAAUGGAGCAAUGAUAUGAAAAAUUGCAGUUAAAAUUCCAGAACAUAAAAGUCAGACUUAGCUCGAUUUAAAGUCGAAUGCCUGACAAAUAUACAGAUUUUAUAAAUAUAGAUUAUAGGAAAUCGAGAUAAGUUAUUGAAAGUGGAUGCUAUAAACUGGAGAAUCAACGACAUCCGCAGUGUCAACUUCUCCUUGUUCGAGUACGUCGAUCGCGAGCUUUUGUUCGUACGGUUCAGCGACUACUCUUUUAUUUUCAUAACGAAAAGAAAGAAAAGAAAAAACAACAAAACUGCCCGUAUAAUGUUUGUCUAAAGAUCACGCUUUUAUUUUUAUUGCUGAGAACGUAUUGCAAAAUCAGUCUAUCCUCGUGACUUUAUCUCCGAGAAUUCGACAGUCGGAAUUUCAUUUCCGGUCUGCUCGAUUAUACGCAUUACUCAUAUCCUACAUAAAUAUUGUUUUUUUUUUAUGGUCUUCCAAUAUGGGGCAAUAUUCCUCAGAAAAAUGUCAUGUAUUUCUCUUGAUCUCAUUGCGAAGACCUGUCACGAGAGAAAACUGACCAACGAUCAACGAACCAAUGUUGAGUAAUUAUUUUACUUGCGGUUGAAUAGUACUUAAGAAAUCGUCAUGUUUGACGACGAUUGUAUAAAAAACGAAUGCCAACGAAAUGAAAAAUCCUUGUUAAUAAAUAAUAAGACUUUUAUUAUAUUUAAAUAUUAA